AUGCGGUUCCCCUUACUGUUAGCCCUAUUGAGCGCCUUUGGGCAGCUUCAAGCGCAAGCGAACGGAUCGCCUCCUAAAAAGGGGUCGCCGGAGAGAAAUGUCAACCAAGUUGGUUUAGACAAGAAAUCAUACAUAGAUUCGUUGGUCUCGAAUAUGACGGUCGAGGAUAUGGUUCUACAAUUGCAUCUUAUGUUUGGCGGCGACAUCGUAGGUGUCGAGUCGAAGAACGAGCUUUACGAUUCCACAAUGCGCUUUAGCCCAGAGUCGCCUAUUGGUGUAAUGCAUGAUUGGUACCCCCUUAACACUUCUCACUAUAACUCCGUCCAGACAUUGACCCUCCAAAAAGCGCGACUGAAAAUUCCGCUUAUGCAUGUUGGAGAGUGCCUUCACGGUGUCGGGUCUUUCAAACAGUCGAUGUUCCCCCAGAGUUUGGGGCUGUCGGCUACUUUCGAUACUGGCCUUGUACAUCGCGUCGGUAGAGCAAUCGGGACUGAGGCGAGGUCGAUUGGGAUCCACGCCUGCCUUUCUCCUGUUCUUGAUAUUGGCCAGGAUCCGAGAUGGGGACGAAUGCAAGAGGCGUGGGGAGAAGAUAGAGUGUUGACUUCGCAUAUGGGAGUUGCUUACUCUAGCGGCUUGUCCAAGAAUGGCUCUUGGUCGGAGCCAGAUGCUGUAGUACCAGUUCUCAAGCAUUUCGCCGCCCACGGAGCUCCUCAGUCGGGACAUAACACCGCCCCCUUCAUGGGUCAUGGGAAUCGUCAAGUGUUGCAGGAUCUCCUAACGCCGUUCAAAGCGGCGAUCCAACUGGGUGGAGCAAGAGGCGUAUUGAUGGCGUAUAACGAGUUUGACGACAUACCGGCUCAUGUCCACCCCAUGUUAUACCAAGCGCUCGAAGAUUGGGGGUUUGACGGAUUCACUAUCGCUGAUGAUACUGGAAUGGUCGAGCUACAACAGGUGCACCAAGUAGCCGAUUCCCCAGGAAGUGCGAUAGGACAAUGGUUUAAUGCCGGAGGAAUGAUCCAAUUCUACGAUUAUUCUCUUGAGGUCUACCUUAAUACGACGAAAGACUUAGUUGCGAACGGUUCUGUGGAAUUGACGACUUUGCAGUCCCAUAUUCGCAGGAUACUAGGCGUUAAGUGGGAUCUAGGUUUAUUCGAUGACCCCUUCAUUCCGGCAGAAGUAAAUCCUCAAGAAAUCGUCAAAAGCCACCGGAAUCUCACACUUGAAGCUUCCCGGAGAAGUAUCGUUCUCCUUGAGAAUAAGAACUCCACAUUGCCAUUGAAACCGCAAGCACAGAAAACUACCAAAAUCGCCCUUGUCGGUCCGUUUGCCGAUGUGCUCAAUUAUGGAGGCUAUUCUGGUCAAUGGGGGCAAUAUCCUGCAGACGCGGCGCAGACUAUCCGCCAAGGGAUACUCAAGUAUGCGAGUGAAGGAGAUUUCGAGUUGGUUUCUAGCUGGGGCGCAAAUACCUGGGAAUAUAAUUCUCAAUAUGUGAUCCCACCGUAUCUCUUGUUAUCGAAUGGAACAGCAGGUGGUCUCGCCGCGACAUAUUUUGCGGAUACGAACUUCACCCAGCCUAUGGCACAUCGAAUUGAAACCCCUGCACUAGACUGGGGAUUAUACCCUCCAGAUGGCCUAUCAUCUAAUAAUUUCAGCGCUGUAUGGGAAGGAGAAUUGAAAUCCCCCGUUGACAUCGAUGUAGAUGGCUGGAUUGGGGCGGCGGUAGGACCCAACACGACGGUCAAACUCUUUAUCGACGGAAGCUUGGUCACUUCGUAUGGUGUAGACGGACUUCUACAGUCCAGUAAUAUCAUGGGAAACAUCAUGAGCUAUGAUUAUAUCACAACAAACAGCACAUUACCCCCAACCGGAUCCGCUCCAUUUACAUUCAGGAAAGGGGCAACAUACCACAUCCGCAUCGAAUACCAAGCAUUCAAUCUCUACAAGAAAACUGCAAACGUCAAUUCUCUCAAUUCGCAACUCAUACUCUUCUGGAACCUCGUCAGUCGGAACGGCAAUGCAGUCGACCAAGCCGUGCAACUCGCAAGUUCCUCGGACGUGGUCAUUUUGACGGUAGGGGCGGCCUGGAACAGUGACGGGGAAAACGGCGAUCGAGGUACUCUUGGGCUUGUCCCAAGUCAAGACGUACUAGCGAAAGAAAUUUUCAAGUUAGGGAAGCCUGUUGUCCUCAUUCUUGAGGGCGGCCGACCCUUCGCGAUCGAAUAUUAUAACCAAAGCGCCGCGGUGCUAAGCGCUUUCUUCCCCGGCCAAUCUGGCGGUCAAGCUAUUGCGGAUGCACUAUUUGGUACGGUGAAUCCCGGUGGCAGAAUGCCUGUCACCGUCCCGAAUAAUGUCGGCCAGCUCCCCGUGUAUUACAACUACAAGCCGACUUCUCACUUGGUGAAGUAUUUAGACACGGAGUCAUCGCCGGCUUAUUGGUUCGGUUAUGGACUGUCGUACAGUACAUUUGAAAUAUCUGAGUUUGAAGCUUCGAUAAAUGGCAUCAAGGCGACGGAAUUCAACGCCGGAGAUACGAUUACGUUUUCAGCUAGAGUCAGAAACAAUGGUACCGUAGAUGGGAGUUAUGUGGCGCAAGUAUAUGCCCUAUCGCGCGUUUCAUCCAUCGUGCAGCCUGUCAAACAGCUUGUUGCCUUCCAGCGCGUAGACAUAUCGGCCGGAGAGGAAAUUAUCGUGUCGAUGGGGUUGGAUGCGAAUAGGUAUCUAACAAUUCUUAACAGGAGAAACGAAUGGGAGUUGGAAAAGGGGUCGUAUACAUUUGCGCUCUUGAACCAUGGCGGCGACACAGAUAUAACGACAAACUUCACUUUGAAUUGUGUCUAAAGUCGGGGGGAAAAUAAGUAGACCUAAAUGUAAAAAUUCUUGAUAAGCUAAAAGCUAAUGGAUAUGCGUUACCUCUUUAUUAAUCCUAUUAUUUUUACCACCUAUUGGAAGGUACCUUCCAGGUACGUAUUUGGUGCGGUAUUCAUGGAUGUUCUUCGUACUUGCCUCGAGAAGUUUUGGCGGUUGCCAAUGAAGCUACCUAGGCU